UGUAUACGUGCUAUGAUUAAAGACAUCUAUCUGCUCCCGACGCGUGUGCAGCGAUUUUUCAGUCAACUUGUUCGAUUAUUUUUGUAUCCUUCGACCACAUCCACAUCCACAUCCGUGCCAGCACGGAUGUCAACAGACAUGUCAUGGGACAUCUUCUGCUGCAUCUGCUCUUCGUGCUUCCUUGCGUGCAUUGUGCGGCAGUCGAACGCCGGCCAAGCCCAGUGCGAGUCCCUGCUCGAGUACGAGAACACUUCCUUCCGGCUCUCCUGCGAGGCCAAGUACAGCAGGAGCCUGAAGCUGCACUAUCGCGACAGGAGGAUCCGCGCCGACACGCCCUACCGCGUGUGGGUCCGGGGUGAUCCGCGCAGACACAUCGAGCUGCUGAUCACUCUCCACAAGACGCCUCUGUGGGACUGUGGCAGCGUGAGGUGCAGCUCCAACUGGCUGCACUGCCACUGUCAGCACUCGUACGGCACUGGCAUUGCCAUCAGGCCCGAUAGCAUCUUCUGCUACAAGUUCAACUUUUCGUACGUGGGCGAACUGCAAAGCGAGUGUGGCAUGAAGCCCCUCAGAGUCGACUUCGUGGCCAUACACUAUGGUGCGUGGUAUCGGGACGCUGGUCGGUCCUCAUCGUCGGGGGCUGGCCGUCUCAAGUGGGCCUUGUGGAGUGCCUGAAGCCGGAGCUGUAGCUGUAGCUGU